UUCACUUCGGUCAGUCGCAUCGGGCGAUCGUCCAAGCUAACUAGCAUCAUCAUCUCUCACCAAAGUGGUCCUAAAUUUUGGAUUAAAGUUUGAUCGAAAGUUGAAAUAAGUUUGGAACUUACUGAAUUCCACAGAAAAUGCGUUCUUGCGGUCCGAGUUUAAUCAAAUAUGUCUUGUUUGCCUUUAAUGUUCUGUUUGCGAUCUCUGGCCUGGGAAUUCUUAUAGCUGGUGCCGUUGUCCUAGCCGAUGUUAAUGAGUUUAAUCACUUUGUGGAGGGUCGAGUCCUAGCUCCACCAAUAGUUCUCAUAGUCACGGGUCUGGUCAUAUUCCUGAUUGCUUCCCUGGGAUGUUUUGGAGCAAUCAAAGAGUCGCCAACGUUGCUAAUAACGUUCGCUGUCCUUCUGGCCGUUAUUUUCAUCGUGGAACUGGCCGUGGGCAUUGCGGCCAGCGUUUUCAAAAAGGAUCUCGAAUCGAUGGUGAAGAACUCACUACAGGAAUCCAUAAAGCGUUCCAACACCGAGGACACCAUGGCCUGGGACAACAUCCAAAUGAAGUUGAUGUGCUGUGGCGUUGAUUCUCCAGCAGAUUGGAGAACUUUGAGUGCAAAUAAAACGCUGCCGGGCAGUUGUUGUCAGCCGCAGUUCAUUGACACUAACGUGGGACAUUGUCUGGAAUCACCGGCACUGGGCAAGGACAAGUACUUCCAGGAUGGCUGUGUCGGCAAGCUGAAGGAUCGUAUCGAUAAGAACGCCAUUAUCCUGAUCGGUGUGGGUAUUGGCAUUGCGUUUAUUCAAAUAUUGGGCAUCGUUCUGGCCUGCUAUUUGGCCAACUCCAUUCGACAGGAGAGGGCCAAGUAAUACUCUUUGUAAUCAUCACAUUAAGUCUAUCUAUAUCUAUAUAUUAUUGAUUACUGUUUAAUUUUAUGUAGUUGAAAUUACUUUACCUUUGAAUCAAGCCCCUGCUCAAUUUACUUAACCCCAGAAAGGCAAAUCGAGAGGAAUGUGUAUGGGAAAAGCGCAACAAACCAUGUCAGUUUAAAUCGUCAUUAACCAUCUUCAUGAAAUCUAUAACUUAUUUCUAUGAAAACUCUCUUAAAAUAUGAUUUCUUUGGUAACUAAAUCUUAAAAUUGUUUAUGUGCUUUUCUUACUUAUUAAACCUUCCUUUAUCAUUCUCAUUUUGUAUUCCAUUUUUGUAAAAAUUAAACCAUAAUGUUAAAACAAAAUUUGAAUAGUUAAUAACCCUGCGUACACAUGAGAAAUUGUUGCUUUCUAUUGUCCAAUAAAUAUUAACCAUCUUAGGUAACCAUUU